AGCAAUUAAUUGAUCCCUCCUCUCCUAUAAAGCAAACCCCACAAUUAAAAGUCCUUCGCUUUGGAGCUACCGCAAAGCAAAAAUGUCAAACAAGUCCCCAAUUUUUCCCAUGCCAGAACCUCAACACUUCAGCGACUAUGGCUUUGACCCACAAAUUGAUUACUUUCAGUUGUCGGAGGAAGCAAGAAAUCGCAAGAGAAAGACAAUAACAUCAAGGUUUUCCGUUGACUCCUUACACUUCAAGCUCCGAAAGCCCAUUUCAAAUGAAGAGUCUGCAAGUAGAAAGGUCCACAAAGCCAACAAGAAGAAGAAGAAAUGGUGGAGAAAUGCAAUGUUGUUCUUUAAGUGGAAGUGUAUCCACAGUAAUCACAAAGAUUACUAUCUUGAUCAUGAAGAAGAUGUGCAUGAAGCAAGGGCUAGAGCUUUCAGUGCUUCAAUCUCAGGAUCUGUUUAUUUAAUUGAUAGUUUAAGUGGGUCAAGUACUCCUUCCAGGUCCACUAGCAGACCGUCUUCAGGGCCUCUAGCUGGAACCUUGACUCCUGCAAGAAAAGGUGAUAUGGAGAUACCUUAUUUGAGCCUGAGGGAGCUUAACAUGGAGCAGCAACAGCAGAGGAGUUCUACUUCUGCUAAGCCAAUAUAUUUGGUCACUUAAAAUAAAACUUCCUCCAGUAUUGUAUUAUUGGGUCUGUUUAGUGACUAAUUACUUGUUGGGUCUUUUAGUUUUAUAUUCUUGUUGUCAUCUUUUCAGCAAGUGCAAACUGCAAAGGUGUUUGAUCCCUUUUCUUUUUCAUGAGUGUUUGUUGCUCCCCUCCCUUUAUUGAUUUCUGCAACUAAUGAAGAAACCCAGUUGUUUGACUA